ACCAUUUAUUUCCGGUGCCACCUAAACAAUAAAACUAAAACGCGAUCAAUAGGCCUAGCUUUAUUGAAAUCAAUGAAAGAGUCGACGCUUGCGGACUUUAAGUUCUAAAGAAUCUCAUAGUUCUGGCUUAAAGUGCAAACUGAAUUCCUGCACUAUAUUCUCCACAAAUUCUAGCUUUUGUCAGGAAUCUAAAAGUUGUGUUGCGAACGUUUGAACUGUUGUUGAAAGUAAUUGAUGCAGUCAAGGAGGUCCAAGUCUACGUGGCCCUCGUUGGGAGAGCAAAAUUGAUCAAAGAUGAAGUGUACAAUUUUUCUUUUCCAGCAUUUGCUUUGUCUGUCUUUCCUCCUAUUCAUUUCAGUUACCUCAAACAAAAAUGAGGAUAGUAUUUCUUUUUCCCAUCUGGAUGAAGAAAUUCCUGAGGAAUUUGAUUUUUACUCAUUCUUUGCUGUGGAUAUAGACGACAACAUCGUUUCCUUCGAGAGAUAUCGAGGACAGGUGACGCUGGUGGUGAAUGUUGCUAGUGAAUGUGGUUACACUGACAACCACUACAAGUCUCUGAAUCUGCUGAAUCAACUCUUUAGGGAAACCGGAAAGUUCAACAUUCUGGCAUUUCCGUGUAAUCAGUUUGGUGGUCAGGAGCCCGGGACACUCAGAGAAAUCCACAACUUUGCUUACAAUAGCAUGGGAGCUACCUUUUUACUGUUUUCAAAGAUAAAUGUCAUCGGUCAAGAUGUUCCCCCAUCAUGGAACUACCUCAUUCAACAAUCGGGCCAACCUCCUACCUGGAACUUCUGGAAGUACCUUGUUGAUCACCAGGGCAAAGUCAUUGGAGCGUGGGGCCCCACGGUGAGCCCAGACCAGAUCUACCAGUACAUUGACAACGCCAUUAAUAAGAUAGGCAAGGAGGAUGCUGAAAAGGAAGAGGCGAAGCAACAAGAGACAAAGACAACCAAAGACGAGUUUUGAUGAGUUCUGGCUUUGAAGCUGGGGAUACAGGGUUACCAACAUGAAAUGAAUGCCCGAUUUGGUAUUUUUUUCUUUUUACUGUGUUAGUCAUGAAAAAAGGGAAAAGAGUGUAUAUUUGCAUGCUACUAUGUCGUUUCUUUACAGUUCCAUAAUACAUUGGAGUUAUAUUCUAGAGGCGGAAUAAGUUGGUAAGGAAAUGUUUUUUUGGUUUUUUUUGUUCAAUCAAACUGUUCUGUGUGCUUGGGGCAUGUUUCAGUCUACGCAGAGUUAAUUUUUUUUACACUUUGUUGUCAUGUUGAGAUGCAUACUCAGAUCAACGUUUGAUGUAAUAAUGAUCUUCUUUUCUCUAUGAAUGCGGUAGUGAGUGUCAUCAUGAAUUCACAGAAUAAGAAAACGAGAUCGUGAAUGCGUGCAUAAUGAUCACAUUUUAUUUGGAUGGGUUGCAGAAACAUGUGUGACAGCAAAGAAUACUUCUUAAAAAUAUAAAACUUUAUCUGGAACAUUUGUGCCCUUUUGAUUGUUUUAUUCUCUAUGUGCUUGCCUCAAACAUGACUACACUUACCAUGACACAUUUAUGACAGACCUGUUUUGUCUUCACAAGUCAUUUCAUUGAUUUAUUUUUAUUUUAGGUUUGGUGAGGGGAUUAUGUAAUUGUAAUUUA